AUUGGUAAUUGAUCGAUGCUGAUCAAUUUCGCAAGAACUGUCAAUUAAUUAGUAUAAAUAUGAAUUGAUAAAACGUUCGAAACAGAAAAGAGCAAUGGCAAGGCUUAUCAUCGUCUGUCUUUUCGCGGUGUUGGCGUCCUCCACCGCGAGCAUAUUGGGCGGGCGUUUACCCAUCGUCCCCGGCGAAUGUCUGGAGGGCGCCGAUUUACCUAUUUUCACUCCUGAGUGGUUUUUCACCGGCCGUUGGUACGAGUACGCCAGUUUCGGUAACUACAUCUUCCAAGCCGACGGAAUCUGCAGGACCAUGGAGUCAGAGGUCAGAGACGACGUGUUAGACGUCCUGUACUACCAGUAUCAACCAGUAUUGAAGAAGUACACCUCGUUGAGAAGUAGUACAAAUGUGACAGCUAUCGUUGGUUCAUCCGUCGUACUCCAAUACGAGCUUUUAAUCGGUUUGAUCGAAGUGAAAGUCCCUCUAACUGUCAUAGCGACUGAUUACGAUAACUACGCCGUACUCUACUCCUGCAAGGCCACCCCUGGUCUUAAAUCAGAAUCGGCUUGGUUGUUGACUCGUCGUCGUGGGGACAGCACCUUCCUCGAUGAAUUUGCAGACGCUGUCACUUCCGCAGGUUUAGACUACAGCGACUUCACUUUGGUCAAAUCCACUGGAUGCGACCCCAAGGAGCCUAGACUGUAAAUGGUUAAACAAAUUUUAAAUUCAGCAGUGUACUUUUAGAACAUGUACAGUACUUGUAAAGUAAAAUUUUUGUAUGUUUUGUAGCUUUUUUAUAUGUAGAUAUUUCAAAAUAAUAUCAGAAAAAAUUGAA